AUGUUAUUUUCACGAACCAGCAACGAUAAGUCGGGUGCGGAGAGGUCUACGCUCACUAACAGCAAUGCAGCGCGCGAUUCCAAUUAUUCAUACAGACGAUUUCAAUUAGAUAAACUGGAAGACGUUCUGGAAGACCUGUUCGCAUUGUCGGAUGGUGAACACUCUGAAGACGAUAACGAAAGUGACGAGAACGAUACCGAAACUAUUUUCAUACCGCCAAGUAAUGCUGAACUUCAAGAAAUUUUGGAUCCAAACUUGCCUCUUAGAUCUGCAUCAGUUUCAAACCUGGGGAUAGUCGUCUUCUCCUGCAGAAUGUCACUUCGAGAUAGAGAUAUAGAAGAUCUAUUGUCUGCUUUGGAAAGUGGUGAUAUUUCCGAUGAUGGCCUGGAAGACGAGGAUGAUGAUGAGGAACGUUUUUAUAGCAAUGUUCGAGAAAUUAUCCACGAUUUAGAAGAAGAGAACGUCGAUACUGCUGAUGAUGAUAACGAUCCUCCACUUGUUCAGUAUAAAAAGGCAGAUCCUGUGCACGAGCCUGAACCUAGGCAAGGAAAUCAAAAUUUAUUGAAUUCUUGUUUCGACAAAAGAAAACUUAUAUGGAAAACAGACAGUUUAGUUUUCGACGAAUCUAAUCUUACACAUAAAGCUAGUGUUACAGACCCUGAGAUAGCUGACCUCGAUACACCAUACAGGUGCUUCCUACAUUAUUUCAUGCCAGAAUUCAUUAAAAAAAUAGUAAAUGAAACAAAUUUGUAUGCCACGCAACAAAAUCCUACAAAAUCAUUUUCCAUAAGUGACGCCGAACUAAAAAAAUAUCUAGGGUUUGAAGAUAAUAUUUAUAAGCUUUGCAACACAUGUAACAAGGCAUAUCAUCUUAAAUGUCUAACCAAUGAUGUCGACAAUUUGAAAGCGAUAAAGCAUGCUACUGACUGGAUCGGUCCAUGUUGCAUUAGACCUCUCCACGCGACUGGCAAUAAGGAUAACACACCAGUAAAAUGUGACCCUAAUAUUACAGUACGAGCCUCCAAAAGACAGGCAUUGUCAUCCCCCCCGGAAAUUGAAAUUGAAGGCCCUGUAACACGUACAGAGGUGCGUAACAUUAUGGAGGAAAUUAUUCAAAAGCAUAUAUCAGACCUUAUGGUUCAGAUGACCAAAAACAAAAUUGAGGAGAUGGCUGAACUUAUACCAUCCAAUGCUUUAGUUGACUACUCUGAUUCUACACAUUGCUCGUCUACCGACCAAAACUCUGAAGUAGAAAAGGAUUUUAGUGGAUGUGACUCUGACCAGUCUUGGCAUAUUCCUAUCAGAAGAAAAAAGAAAAGGCUAGUAUUUACAAGUAUGGACGACUACACUUGCCCAUCCACGUCUGCUAUUCAAAUUCAACCAAAGAAAGUUCUGAUAGCACAGAAGAGGAAGACUCAGCCUUUUUUACCAAACAAAAUUAAAAUACAAACAAGCAAGCUGCGUAACGCUAGAUUUGAAAAAGGCGACAAGUUCUAUCUUAAAUACGACUAUGAUGGACCCGAACAAGCUAUUGAUGUGUCUCUUAUAUUGAGGUCUCGGCAGAAUCAACAAGCUAUUCGUGAACCUAAAACUGCUUACACUGAAAAACUUCCCAUCUCAAAGGCGAAAUACGAAGAUUUAAAGAAAAUGUGCGAAAAGGGUAUCAUACCAGAAUUUUAUACAAAAGAAUAUCUGGAUUUGCCCUGCGAUAGAAACACAAGAGACGCUUUACCUGAGACUGAUGAAGACGAGGACUGA